AUGAGGGAAAUCGAGCAGUCAAAAAUCUGCAUACAUAUCUUCUCAAAGAACUACGCUUCGAGUAAGUGGUGUCUCAGGGAGGUGGCGGAGAUUAUGAAGCUCAAGGAUGAGACGAAGCACGUGAUCAUAUCCAUUUUCUUAGACAUCACGCCAGAUGAAGUUAAGUACCAGACAGGGAGUUAUGCUAAAGCCUUUACCCAGCACGAGAAAAACUACGACUUCGAGACUGUUCAGGAGUGGAGGAAUGCUCUCCAAGAGGUUGUGAAACUGAAAGGGUUUGAACUCAAGAAAGAGGCAAACGGGAAUGAGGGAAAGUUCAUUAAAAAGGUGCUUGUAAGGGUUCUUAACUGUCUGAAGAAACCUUAUCUAGGUGUCACUGAUAUCUUGGUAGGAGUCGAUGAUCAUGUCGAAGCUGUCAAGACAUUGCUGGAGCUUGGAAAGGAAGGUGUUCAAAUUGUUGGAAUAUGGGGCAUGGGUGGAAUUGGGAAAACAACUCUUGCAAAAGUUGUCUACAACCAACUGUUGGAGAAAUUUGAAUCCUCUUGCUUCCUCAAUGACAUUAGGGAAACAUCCUCACAGCACAAGGGUCUUCAGUACUUGCAAAGCAAGCUACUAUCCGACAUCUUAAAUUGUAAGUGUGAAGACUUUGCAAAUACGAAUGAAGGAACCCAGGAGCUCAAGAACAGGCUCCGUGGAAAGAAAGCAAUCAUUCUUUUGGAUGAUGUUGACCAAGUUGAUCAACUCAAGGCUCUAGCUGGGGAUCUUGCUUGGUUUAGUCCAGAAAGCAGGAUUAUAGUUACAACCAGAGAAAAGACAGUUCUAGAUCUAUUUCGAAUAAAGAAUAUCUAUGAACACACUCUACUGAGUGAAUAUCAAGCUUUUAGACUCUUCUGCAAGCAUGCAUUUAUAACAGGCUUACCGACACCUGAUUUUGUUUACUUGUCUUGGGAUAUUGUGAGGACAACUGGAGGUCACCCCUUGACUCUUGAGGUAAUAGGUUCUAGUUUAUCUUUGGAAAACGGGCGCAAGGAUAUAUGGCAAGGAGCACUGGAGAAAUUGAAGAAGAUACCCCCUAGCAAUGUCCAAGAAAAGUUGAGGUUAAGUUAUAAUGGCUUAGAUCAGGAGCAGCAGGAGAUAUUUCUUAAUAUUGCAUGUUCCUUCAUCGGCACAGAUGCUAGAAUUGCAUGUGAGAUUUCCCCAAAAGUUGGAAUUGAGAUCCUUCUCUUUAAGUCAUUGAUUAGAAUAACAGAUAACGGUAAGUUAUGGAUGCACGACCUUCUCAGAGACCUUGGUAGGGAAAUUAGGAUGACAAAAGUUGAAGCCAUCAGUCUAGAAGGAUAUCAGUUCCGCUCGGAAGAUCUCUGCUUUAAGGAUGAUCAGUUUAAGAAUCUACCGAUCUUGAGGAUCCUUCUGUUAGAUAAAGCUAAUCUCAGUGGAAAUUUUGAGCGUAUUCUCCUGAACCUGCGGUGGCUGAGUUGGCACUUCUGCAACUUCAGUCCUACGCUGCCGACCAAUCUAAAUCUGAAGAACCUAAUUGUCCUCGAUCUAUCGAGGAGCAUGGUCAGUGAGGAUUGGGCCGGCUGGAGCUUGAUGAAGCUAAAAGUUCUUGAUCUUACAGAAUGCAACCAUCUAACAAGAACACCCGGUUUCUCAGAAUUUCCAGCUUUAGAGAGACUGAUUCUUCGAAAUUGUCGCAACUUGGUCUCCGUUGAUCCAUCAAUAGAGCUACUUAGCGCUCUAGUCUCCAUAGACAUAAGGGACUGCACGAAACUCGAACAUUUGCCUCAGUUGGGUUCAAUGGACGCACUGACUGAGCUUCUGGUUGAUGGAACCUCUAUACAGGAAUUACCUAUACUGAGAGGUACAGACAAGCUGGGGAAUCUGGAGGCCCUCGGCGCCAACUGA